AUGUCCAAAGGCGUUGAAGACGCCCCAAGGCGCGCCCAAAGUCUUCAAACCAUGAAUAAACCACCAAAUCAACUCAGCACAUGUCCAUGGGAAAGAAAAACACCCAUACAGGCACUGGCCAACCUAAUAACCCCCCCAGCAACAAGCAUAACCACUAGACAGUCCAGUAGACCCACCUUAACCCAGGAAGAAAUCAAAAUAACCCCCAGCACUGUAAUGGAUAUUGAUUCAGCAAAGGACUACCUCACCAAGAAUCUCCUGUGCCAUGUUGACCAGCCAUUCACAUUAAUACACCUAACCUCAGUCCUUUUCCAUGCUACCCAACUCAAAGGUGUCCCACUCCCCAUCGCCUCUGCCAUGAGAGCAGUAGCCUUCAUCCUGAAGAAACAUGCAGCCUGCAAAAUCGCUGAGCUCACUACCGUGCAGCUAGUCAACAGCCUGACCCCAAAAAUAGUAGAUCACGUAAUCGCCAUGUUAGCACCACAAAUCAGGAAGGUCCUUAAUGCAUCCGAGACUAUGGCAGAGAAAGAGAAUGAAGUACAAAUGGCAGCAGAGAGAAUAGAAACAGCAGUGGAUGCCCUCUAUGAAUCAGUCAAGGACUGUCACAAUGCGAUGAAACUUCUUUCACCCUCCCUUUACACCACACAACAACGUCUUAACACCCUGUCUACCCAACUCCUAGACAGACCCACCAGACCCAUCGCCUCUCAACCAUCCCAAUCCCCAGCACCAUCCUAUAGCUUAAUCACAGCCACCCAUCUCCCACCAUCCGUUGAUCAGGCAAUGGCGAGGGCAGCCAUUUGA